GGAAAAAUUGCACUUAUGCGAUUCGGAGAAGGGUUCCGAGGAGAUAAAGUACACAAAGCGCAGAAAAAUGGUGCUGCUGGUGCAAUAAUAUUCUCUGAUCCGGACGACAUUGCAAGAGAUGGCACUGAUCAAUCGCAUGUAUAUCCAAACACGAUAUGGAUGCCAAACGAAGGAGUUCAGCGUGGGUCAAUUAUGCAUGGUGAUGGUGAUCCGUUGACACCUCUAUAUCCGUCAAAAAAAGAAAUUUUUAAAAGUCGCACUAUUGAGCAGGUUUGGUAA